AUGGCUUCUAUCCAUACCCGCUCUCGGUCAUCGCCCGCGUGGGGCGCGGAACCUCAAAGGGCGACGCCGCGCCCUACUCUUGCCCCGAUCAAGACAUGCGAUGACGACCGACGCUGGUCUGCAGUUGUACCCCCACACUCGCGGGCCCUCACCUUUGUCGCGAUCUUCGAUCCCGAGGAGGGCAUGAUCGGCUUUUCUGGUAGCUCUCUGCUCCCUCUCGACCUCAAAGACUUGCCUCGGACGCCAGUGCCCUUCAAGACAUUACCUUCGUUGCCACAGACGCCUGGUUUUCCUCAUGACGACGCAGACUCCCAGACGCUCACUCCCGGCACAAGUACGCCGUCUCAGAGCACACCUGCGCUGUCCAUGGACUCAGCCUCUACACUCCGCGACAUGCAAGCCUUCCUCGACGCAUACCAUGAGGGUGGCACCCACUGGGGAGCGCACGGCGAUGAGCUCAUCCCACGGGGAUUCGAUAAGGAGGUCCCGCGCGCCUCCUCGACCCUCAUGGGGUAUCACAAGCGUACAUCCCAUAGCGCUGUAUGUGAUGGAGAUCUUCGCGAGUCGGGUUGCUACAUGGGCCAUGAGGACGGUUCUUAUGAUGAGCGCUUUGAAGAUAGCGGUUACGCUAGCGCCGGCGAUGAGAACUCUGACGUCCGUGAGAAUUUCGACCGGCCGCAAGUCGACUCGUUCUUCGUCUUGAAUGACGAGUAUCCUUUCAAGUCUGAUAACGAGCGCUCCCAUUUCUCCGUCACCACGACUUCUACUUCGCGCUACGUUCCCAUUGAGUCGCCAGCGACGCCCGAGCCGCCUGCUACUCCACACAGCAUAACCUUCCGACCGCCCGCGCCUCAACCUCGUACACCUGAUAGCGACAGGUACUCUCCCUUCGAGGAUGACGAGGAUGAAGACGGGCUCGACUUUCUGUCUUUCGUGAAACCACGCCCUCAUCUGCCGCAUCACUGGAACAGCUCGCCCCCGCCUACUACCCCUCGCAAGACGAAUAAGCUCUUCAAAACCCGCUCUCACAUUGCCCUUCGCUCGCAUUCAUCGCUGCCUAUUGCUCGGCCUGACGUUGUACUCGCGCGUGACACUUAUAAUCAUGGCGGUCGUGAGGCGCGGGCAACCUCGCCGUCGAGCUACAGCCCGCCGAAACCGCGUCUGACCCGGGUUCUGUCCAAGGGCAUUAUGCGGAUGCGCAAGUUGAGCAAUACCGCGCCAGCGCCUUUACUGCGGCCAAGCAACGAUGUGCGUGUGCUGCAGCCGGGGGAUGAUGUGUACCUGGAGCGACGGAGUGAAGACGCGAACUGGGUGCGCGUAGAUCUGGAAUGGAUUCCUCGAAUUACGCAGUACGACGAAGAAAUAUGA